AUGGAGGAACGAGUGAGACUUGGUAUCAGGAAGAAAAAAAAGACUUUGAACGCGUGCCAAUGGUGCCGAACGCGCAAGAUCAAAUGUACUGGCCAGCAGCCCUGUCAAUACUGCACUUCCAAAGAACUUGACUGCAUUUUCAAUGAGCGGGGCAAGAAAGUCGUGAUUACGGAAGAUUACCUCCGUGAGCUAGAAGGGCGCAGCUCUUCACUUGCAGGACAGGCGCAACCAGCUGUUAUGACAGGUCUGGUACUUGAAUCACAAGAGCGUGUGGUGCAGGACUCCGCUCAGAACGUAAUAUACGAACCCGAACCCCGUAUGAUGGAUCUCAAGUCACUGACUAAGUCACUUAAGAGACAGCAAACCUAUCUUGAAACACAAUUUAUAGAUUCCGGUCGACCAAGAGGUGCAGCUGGACGAAAUGGAGGUAGAGAUGACGAGACCUGUCACUCGGAUGCGAUUGGCGAUGAGUAUAGGUAUCUUGGCCAUAGUAAUUCGUUUUCCUUUAGUCGAAACAUUCGACUUAUGAUCACUAAGGCUGUCCAAGGCCCCGAGCUACAUGAUAUGAUUCCGAUAAAAGACGGUGCUUACGGAAGUCCUUGGCAGAGAGUACAUGUGGAUCUGUCGGGAGUUCAUUUACCCUCUGAAGACUACGCAGUAUAUCUAACACACACGGUUUCAUUCGCUCUGCGUCCGCUUUAUCAUUUGUUUGAUAACGGUGCUUUCUUAUCCAGACUACAUCAGUUCUAUACCGACCGCAACCAAAAUAGUGUGCAGCCUACUGGUAUCUGGCAUAUUCAAAUGCUGGUUAUCUUUGCAUUCGGCGUAUCUAUUCUUGCGCGAGAGGCUGGACCAUUAGGUCCAACUGGAGCCACAUAUUUUGCGAAAGCAGUUGAGGCACUUCCUGACUGUCACCAACUCUCCCAAGAGCCCGUUCUAGCCAUUGAAAUUUUGAGUCUGUUUGCUCUGUUCAUGCAAGCAAUGGACAUGCAGUUGGCUGCUCAUCAAUACAUUGGCUUAGCUAUGCGGAUUUCUAUCACACAUGGAAUGGAGCGAAAAUGGGAUACCCUGCGGAAUACACGGGAAGAGUUUGAGCAUCGGUCAAGACUAUGGUGGUCAGUUUAUGUGAUUGACAGAAAGCUUUCUAGUCUCAUCGGAGUAGUCCCUGGCUUCUCCGAUACGGAUAUAUCGCUCCCGAUGCCCGAUACAGACAACAUCCACCAUGACGAGGAUCUUGCUUUGGGGUUACAUGUGGAGGUAAUGUCCCAAUUGGGUCAUAUUCUAAAUGUCAUUUACGGUCACGGAUCUCAGCGGUACCUUGGUAGCAAGUUUAUUGCAGCAGUACAGUCUGUUUUGCAAAAACAGGUCAAGACAUCCAGGAAGUUGAACACGAAGAUGAAAAUCGAACCAAAUUCUCCAGGUGAUACUGUUUCACGUACAGCAGCAAACUUAUAUCUUUUACAUCACCAGUGCAGUAUACUUGCUAUAAGGCCGGUCAUUUACUUCCUUCUGAAAGCCAAUCUCGCAGAUCAAAAUUCCACUCUGCGUCUAUCGGGUGCCGUGAUAGGACUUGUUCGAAUUUGUGCAGAGUCGGCUAUUCGAAUUUUGACUAUAAUUGAGUCAUUGCGAAUUCAUAAACUUCUGAAUACGAUGCUUCCCCACGACAUCGAUGCGGUGUUUGCGGCAGCCUUUAUCUUGAUUAUUAUCGAUACUAUUGCGCCCUCUAUCUCGGAGCCAUGGGAUCUGGGAAAUGUUCUCUCUUUACUGGACGAAUUCGUUACCAGAGGUAUCAUUAUUGCACGACCUUAUAAGCAAGAUUUGGUAGAGGUCAUGAAUUUCUGUGAAAAGUUGAAAACUGUCGAUCGUCGAGUCAAUGGAUUAUCCGAGCCUCAAACACACGGCAAGCCGCCAGGUCCUGAUCAUGCAGAGGCCAGUUCUCCUUUGCGAAGGACAGAAAAGUUUCAAGAGACCCAUCAGGAUCAAUUUCCAACGCAUGUGGCUUCUAGUUCACGGGUAACAACUGAUUGGGAUCCAGGGCUCUUGGAUCCCGAAACAAUCGAAUCCGCGAUCGAGAGGCUGGAAUUCGAUAUCCUUCAGGAUGCUUCUCUGCCUGGGCUGGAGAACACUAAUUGGAUGUGGUAA